AUGAAGAAGAUUGACACAGCAGAUGGCAUCGGAAUGAAAACCGAAGUCUCACUUAUGAAACUCAUCUUCCUCCACAACUUCAAGAUGAUCCACUUUGGGAAUUCCAGGUUGGGAAAUCUAGGUACAGAUCGCUACGCCACCUCUAACAAUGCUUUCGGCAAGACCAAGGAGAAACCAGCCAUCAAGCCGACUCCUGAAGUCCGCGAGUCGCUGCAUUUCCUCGAAGCUGUGCAGGGCUUAACCAAGACCCUGGCAAAAAAUGACAUCAACAAGAAUGAAUUCACUUCUGCAAUGAUUACAUUACAAAACAACAACCCGACCGCUGUUGAGGUCCUGCACGACUUCCUUGACUGGACUAUCACUAAAAAGCUGACGGGACCGGAGUUGGCCAACCAGCUUCUGAACACUUCGCGCCAGACUUCGCGCAAGGGAACCGCUAUCGACCUCACCCACAACAAUUCCGAUAACAAUCUGUUCUGCAAUAUUCAGCGCAAGCUAUUCGCCAAUACCCCAACCCCGCAGUCUAACACGCCAGGGCUCUUUCUCUCUUGGUUUCGGGUUGUGGACACUAUUUGCGCAAUUGAGGACCGGGGCAAGGACAUCUUUGUGGCAAGACAAGAUUGA